ACAAUAGUUCAUUUGUACUUGAGCGGCCAUUUUGGAGAUUGUUUCACCCACAAAAAAGUUAUGCAGCCCAAUUGUAGUAGUUUACAAAUAAAAUUUACUUAAAAUUGUAACGCAAAUAGACAAGUGCAUAAUCAUAGCUAAAAAUAAAGAUGAUCCAUCGCAGUGUGAAAGCAACGAAGCAGUAAAACGGCCAAGUUACUUUGCUAGUGACUAUCUCUCAACGCACGCACACAUGUAUCUCAAGCACACCACAUGGAUCCCAACUCCAGCCCCUGGUCUUACGCUUACAAUCGCAUCGUACCCGGUUCCACAGGCAGCACGGGAAGCACAGCGGAGGAAUUUCAGCAUCCACAUUUAGCGACAAUUACAGCGGCAAGCCUUGCUAGCUUCAAUGCGGCUGCAGCGAGCGGCGGCAGUUUUGUGCCACCAUCGCCCAUCGGUAGCUACAAUCCAGUAUUCCAGCAGAUUUAUCACCAUGCAGCUGCAGCGAGCGUACAGCCAAAGCCGGCGCAUUAUGCUUCAUCGACGGUUAACACACCGCACCGGCAGCUGCAACAACUGCAGUUGCCCACCACGUUGGACAAGCAGCUUAGCUCCUUUCAAAACCAAGCAGCGGUGGCGGCUGUCUCCUCUGCAGCUGCAGCCGCCGCUGCAGUUAAUAAUGUUGCCUCUAACUACUACGGUGAGAACUCAUCAUCCAGCGGCGCUUCGCCGUCACCCACCACGGUGGCUUUAACAUCAACAUCGCUGACGUGGAACACGCCCAACAUGAUAUCCAACACGUUCCUUGCCAUGCAGCAGCAACAGCAGCAGGCGCAACAGCAACAACAGCAGCAACAGCAAGCUCAACAGCAACUGAACCUAGUGGCCGAUAAAGUGCAAAUCAAACAAGAAAACACACAACAAACCAAGGCGCAUCUCAAAGCGUACAACGAUCUAAUUUACUUCACCCAAUUGCAACAACAACAACAGCAGCAGCAGCAACAACAGCAGCAGCAGCAGCAAGACCAAUUGCAACAUGAGAUUGCCGAGGCAGAAACGUAUUAUACCAUAGAUGGGCAAAAACUGAAACUGGCUCGGAAGGAUCCGCAAACGAUUCACAUUGAACAGCAGAAUGUUAGCCCGGCCUAUGCAGCGCAGUAUGCGAGUCCUGCAUUGAGCUCUGCGGACGGAUCACCUAUCACGAAUUUACACGCGGUCGAUGUCGGUGGAUCACCACAGGUGAUUGUCUAUAAGACAGCAACGGCCCCGGUGGCAGUGUCGGUAGCGGCGACUGGUUCGCCAGUAUCGCGACGCACCGUAAUGAACGUGGCAGGCGCGGGUUCGUCUGCAGCACCAACAACGGUGGCCUACUCAUCUGUGAUACAAAGCACACUGCAACAACAGCACCUGCAGCAGCAGCAACAGCAACAACAGCAGCAGCAACAACAGCAACAACAACAGCAGCAGCAGCAUUGCUGGACAAAGUCUGAGGAUGGGCAGGAGGAGAUUAAAAGUGUAUUGCAAUUGCAUGUCAAGCAAGAGCAUCGGCAGCUGGACUAUGCUAAUGAUGCGACUGGCGGUACAGAUACCGGCGAGAAUCUCGUGUUUAACCUUCCACCAGGUCUUGAGAUAAAGCAAACGUUUUAUCAACCAGCGGUCGUUGAUGUAGAUUCGUCCGCGUCCGUGUCCUUACAACAGGCACAGGCGCAGGCUGUAGCCCAGGAGCAUCUGCUGCAACAACAGCAGCAGAGUUCCAGCUCGCCGCAAGGCAGGCGACAGCACGUUGUGGCUAAUAUGAUAUUGUCACCAGGGACUUCGAGCAGCUUAGCGUCACAGAUUCAAACAGUGCCAAAGGAGGAUGUAAAGCCGCCGCCUAAGCCCGCAAAGACGCCGCGAAAACGACAACCGAAGAAGACGCUUAUUCCAAGUAGCGAAUACAGUACGGUUCGCAGUCCACAAGAAUCGCAGCAUCACCAGUUGCAGCAACAACAACAGCAUAAUCAACAGCAACAGCAGCAGCAGCAGCAGCAAAAUACGUAUUACGAUUUUAACAGCAAGUGGAAUGCACCGCUCAAAACGGAGAACAAUGCGGCGUCUGUGUCGCCUGCGACGACCAUCAACAUACCCACAUAUCCGCAGCAUAGCCAGCAACACCAACAAUCCUCUCAGCAGCAGCAACAGCAUCUUCCACAGCCCGCACACCUACAAUCAUCGCAGGCGCAAUCGCACCUCACGCAGUUAGCCCAGUACUAUCCAGCGUUUCCGCAACCCAUUGCAUCCCAGUAUACGGCGUGUAUGCAACAGCAACAGCAACAGCAACAACAACAGCAGCAGCAGCAGCAACAACAACAACAGCAACAGCAGCAACAACAGCAACAGCAGGUGUACACGCAACAACAACAACAGCAGGUGUACACACAACAACUACAGCAUCAACAGCAGCAGCAGCAGCAACAACAACAGCAACAGCAACAUCAGCAGGAUAAAGUCGAAGCUGUGCAGCAGCAGGAGGAGGAAUCGGCAGCUGCUGCUGCCGCUACCGAGGCCAGCAAUAAAGUCAUUGUGCCAAACAUAGAAGAGGAACUAGACUUUUUGGCCGAUGCAAAUAGUGUGGCGAAACAGGGUUAUGCAAAUUCGUUGGCUACCAAUGGACGCAACACUAACUCCUCGACAAACAAUACAAACUUUGGCAUACGUAAUCCUAAUAAAACGCCUUCACCGGAGCCGCCUUCUUCAACGCACGACUGCAGCAAUAAUGGGAUAACGCCGGCUACAACAACGCUCUGCACAUCCAGUUCGACGUCGUCAUCGUACAGUCCAUCCGCGCCGAAACCUGUUAGCGUGGGCACGUCAAUUGGCGAGAAGAAAACACAAUUUAUGGAUAGCUAUCUUAAAUUUCUACAAGGUGAACGUGAUGACGAUCCUCCGCCAGUGGUGAAGCCAUCGCGUAAGCUUAAUUAUCCACGUGCUCCAUAUAAACGUAAAGGCAAACCCGGUGCCGGUGAUGAAGCGUCCACAUCGCAGGUAACGACGUCUUGUGGAACAGCGGCGGACAGUCAGGCAUCACAGAACUUGGCCGGUCUCGUCGGCGACGAUGGGCAUCGUAUCAAAAUACUCUCACAAACUCAAAUACUGCCUAAAAAGAGGCCGCAUGCACAAAUGGUGGCGGCGGCAGCUGCAGCAGCAGCAGCCGCUGAAUCAACAUCUACCUCUGUCAUACAGCACCCCGCAGCCGAUCAGACGACAUCUUCGUUUCGGCCAUACGCCCAGCAGCAACAGGAGUCGCCUGGUCUGGGCGCCGCACAGCAUUUUGUGCAGCAGCAUUGCGCGCAGUUGGGUAGCGGGAGCGGCAGUCAAGACCCUUUAAAUUUACCGCCGCGUCGGGAGCAAUGCUCCCGCAAGGCCAAGGAGAGCAGUAUGCACGCGCUUCUCUUGAAUACAUCAACAAUUGGGGAGGGCGGCGCGGUUGGUGAGCCGGAGGAGUUCACAGACUCGGACACGGAUCCCGUUUGGACGCCGCAGGAGGAAGAUAGUGACGAUGGCAAGGGCUAUGGGAAGCGCAAAGCAGCGCGACGCAUCAAGGGAACGCCGCGCAAGAACACAUAUUGUCAGCCAACAACGCAUUUGCAACAGCACCAGCAAUUGCAACAACUGCAGGCGACGCAGCAGCAACAUCAGCAGCAACAACAGCUGCAUACCUCCAAUGAUGGCUAUAAUCCGCAGCAGGAUCUGCAAAGUGGCGCAGCCGUUAGUUAUGGCAGUGCAGCAUCGGCAUCUGCAACCACGGCUGAGAACUUUAAAACCGGAGACUUUAUCGUUUUACGUUCGGAUUUGGUUAAUGACUGGCCCACCAUUUGGCAGGUGGAUUCCAAAUGUAUAUUGCAAAAGUAUGAGCCGUUUCGACAGAACGGCAAAACCUUUUACCGCAACAUGUCGAAAUACGCAUCAUGGAAUCUUGAAACAAAGAAACUCUACCUCAAAGCUCCCGUUCGCAUACAGCUACAAUCUCACACAGAAACAAUUGUGGAGUUCAUGCGUUCUGAACUGCUCGCCGAUGAUACUGAGCAGUUUAUUGAAAAGAUAAUGGAGGACUUCCUGUCCUAUCGGGACAAUUUCGAAAUUUAUAUACAAACAAUGAUAUCGCAGGCGCUCGAUCCUAGCUUCUUCUCUGAGAUAACUCGCGAAAAAGAUGACUACUUUUUGGGAAGCGUGCGCGUAAUAGACAAUAUAAUGGACAAUUGCAAGCGGAAAUUGUUGGCUAUCACUCCAUGGACACGUAGCAUUAUCUCGUCAAUUGAGACGUGGCCCAAGUGUCAUGUUUUCUCUGAAUGGGUGCAGAAUAAUUUAACCCAAAAGAAUUGCGCUGGCUGCCAUCAACCGGGCAUUGCAGUUCGUUUCCUUCUAUUUGGGGAGCCCUACAAUCCAAACACCAUGCAGACCAUAUCUGCAGAUGUACGAAUCGUAUACGAGAAGGACAUUGUGUUGUGUCGUAUUUGUGCCGCGCGUGCGGAUCUCUUCCACAAGAUAGCGCAUGAGAAGUUUAACCUGUUUAUCAAUUGCUCGCAACGUGUGACAGAACAGCAGCAACAGUGUCCCGGCAAGACAUCGACGGAAAUACUAAAUGAUCUGUUGGCCGAACACAAUUGGAUAGAUGAGCUAUUUCGUAAUAUGCGCAACUGUUGGGCCGAGGUUGAAAGCUUGGAGAGACAAAAACGUUUCCGCGAAGUAAUGCAGUAAUCAAGGAAAGGCAUUGUAUACUUACUGAACGUUACAGAUGUAGCUGAAGCUGCUUGAAAAUAUUUAAAUGUAUACAAGAACGCUGCAAUAAACUCAAUGAGUUGUUAGUUUAUAUUCAUACCAAUAAUCUUAAGUUGUGGUUUUACGUUAAAAGCUUUUACAAAUUUCAUAUCGCGUUCUUCUUAAGUCUGCGAUCCAAUGUUAUGCACAUGGCAUAAACAUACUAUGUUAGAGUGUUUAUGCUGUGACUGGUUGUAGCUACACGUAUAAAACUAUUGUAUAUAAUAUUAUAAUUCGGGUAUAUUUGCAAGUCUCUAAUGCGAUUAUGUUAGUAAUUAUCUCAUAAGCUUUUAUCUGCAAAUCCAAUGCAAAAUGAUUAGAUGCAUACCAUAUAGUAAUUUAAGUUGUCCCUUGCCUAGUGGAAAGCAAUUUUUAUGUUUACCAACACACCCAAAACUUACGUAGAACCGACAUAUGUAAGCACACUACAUAAUACUAUUAGCACCUUCAGUAUAAAUGGAUUUUAACAAUAGACAAAGACACAGACGCAGAAUUUAUUGUUUGCGGCCUUUUAUUUUUAAUGUCCA